AUGCCUAUUAAAACCAAGAUCACUACCGACCUAGGCGAGGUCGAGAAAGCACCCGUUUGUGAAGGCCAGGGCACUGAGGAAGAUCCCUUUAUAGUGGAAUUCCAGAAGGACGAUCCUGGCAACCCGAUGAACUGGGGCUCCUUUCGCAAAUGGUCUAUCACAUUCAUUGCGACAAUGUCAGUUUUUGCUAUCACCUUGACGUCUUCCGCAUACUCUGCCUCCUCCUCCGAGAUCUUUGAAGACUUCGAUAUUAGCACUGAGGUCUUUACCCUCGGUCUAUCUCUUUUCAUUCUGGGAUUUGCAAUCGGUCCUGCCCUCUGGGGCCCUCUAUCCGAGUUAUAUGGAAGACAAAAGUUAUGGGUUAUCACUCAUGUUGGCAUGGUAACCUUCCUCGGAGGAUCCGCUGGGAGUACGAAUGUUGCCACGCUUCUUAUACUGCGAUUCUUUGCCGGAACUUUCGGUGCAUCUCCACUCGUGAAUUCCGGUGGCACGAUUGCAGAUCUAUUUAUGCCAGCUCAGCGUGGCCUUGCUCUAACAGUCUACUGUGUUGCACCAUUUCUCGGUCCCAUUCUUGGCCCUGUUAUGGGUGGCUUUAUCUCCGAGAACAUUGGCUGGAGAUGGGUACAGGGUGUCUGUACCAUUUUCAUUGGGAUUUUCGGCAUCCUUGGGGCCAUAUUUCUUCCUGAAACUUAUGGUCCGGUUCUUCUACAGAAACGCGCGCGUUUCCUGUCUCAGGAAAGUGCUAAGGUUUAUAUCAGUGUUCUUGAAAAAAGCCAAGGCAAGAAGAGGCCAUCCGAAGUCUUUAAAAUAGCACUCUUCCGACCUUGGGUUUUUCUUUUUCUUGAGCCUAUUGUCUUGAUCUCAUCUGUCUACAUGGCUAUCAUUUAUGGAACGGUCUAUAUGUUUAUGGGUGCCAUGCCUAUCGUCUACAAUGAAAAUCGUGGCUGGAGCGAAGGCAUCGGGGGCCUGUCAUUUCUUGGUCUUGCUAUGGGAGUCAUUUUUGGUCUGAUCUAUGCAAUCUGGGACAACAACACCCGGUACAUGAGAUUAGCCCAAUCGAAAUCUACAACACCAGAAUCUCGGCUACCACCAGCUAUUGUCGGCGCAGUCAUUCUUCCAGUUGGGAUGUUUGCCUUUGCAUGGACUAACUACACUAGUAUUCACUGGUCUGUUAGUAUCAUCCUGUCUGCCCCCUUCGGAUUCGGCUGUGUUCUUGUUCUCCUACCGAUUAUAAACUACCUCAUCGACUCCUAUACAAUUUAUGCUGCCUCUGUUCUGGCAGCAGCCGCCAUUUUCCGCUCUCUCAUAGGUGCUGCGUUCCCCCUCUUCACAACGCAGAUGUACGAUAACCUGGGAACUCACUGGGCAUCUAGUGUUCCGGCUUUUAUGACACUCAUGUGUAUGCCGUUCCCACUGAUCAUGUAUCGUUAUGGUAUGAAAGUACGCAUGAAAUGCAAGUACUCAUUCGAGGCAGCGGAGACCAUGAAGAAAAUGCAGAUGCAGCAAGCGCAGGCCAAUCAAGCAAAGGUGGAUGGCACUGUCUCAGAACAAGUUCAAUAA